CAAUGGCUGGUGCAAGGUGGCCAGGAGCUCUGAAACGCGACAGAAGACGGUGGACGAAGGGGAGAAGGAAAAAAGAAACCUCUCAAGAGAGACAUUUCUGGAUGGUCAAAGAGGAUGAGAGCGCCACAGGAGCGUCCAUAGGAAUUGCAGGGAGUCAGGGAGCCGCCAGGGCUUUUUGGCGUGCAUCGGUUUGUGUGUCUCUUCAAAGGAACUGCGUGGAGGGAGAUAAGCGGUAAGUGACUAGAAACGCAUGAAAAACACCUGCGUCAAGGCAGGUACCCGCGACGGACGUAUGAAGACUUUCAGUUCACAAGAGGCUUAGAGGCUGCUGAUAGUUUGUGAAAACUUUGGACAGAAACUUUACUCACCUAUUAGCCUAUGUCUUAAUUUUAAUACCUGAUGCCAAAACGUCAGGAACUUUAGAUUUCAGCCAAUCAGAUCAUUCAUUUGGGAUAUAGCUUUUGGUCAAAACAAGAGUGAAUGCAGUAAGAAGAAAAUUAGUAAGUUUGUGUCAUAUUAAUAUCAGGUCUUAUACCACAUGAUUUGGAAUGGACCAAGAUUUGACCCUCAUUCACAUGCUAUCACACAUCUGGAACUGGGGUAUCGCUGUAGGCACUGCGGGCCACUGACUCCUGGGAGCCCCAACCCUCCCCAAUGAAGCAGUACCGGUGGGUCCGCCUGGCACAGCUCGGCCUGCUUGCUGUGUGGACCUGUAUAUGGCUGGUCCAGGGAUGCGGACCGGGCCACGGGCACGGCAUCCGCCCCAGGCCCAGGAAACUCACAGCCAUGCACUACAAGCAGUUUUUCCCCAACUUCUCAGAAAACAACCUUGGUGCCAGCGGGAGAGCAGAGGGCAAGAUCACACGCAACUCCGAGCGCUUCAAUGAGCUUGUGGGCAACUACAACCCAGACAUUGUCUUCAAGGAUGAGGAGAACACCAACGCAGACCGCUUCAUGACUAAGCGAUGUAAGGACUGUUUGAACAGGUUGGCCAUUGCAGUGAUGAACCAGUGGCCAGGGGUACACUUACGUGUGACAGAGGCCUGGGAUGAAGAUGGUCACCACCCUCCCGGCUCUCUGCACUAUGAAGGCCGGGCCGUGGAUAUAACCACUAACGACAGAGAAACCGAGAAGUAUGGUCUUCUAGCCCAGCUGGCUGUGGAGGCUGGCUUUGACUGGGUCCACUAUGAGUCCAAAUAUCACAUCCACUGCUCAGUAAAAGCUGAUCACUCUGUUGCUGUGGAAAAAGGUGGCUGUUUCCCAGGCUGGGCCCGGGUGACUGUUGCAGGAGGGGUGCAGAAGAGCCUGUCGUCACUGGAUCUUGGGGACAGAGUUAUGGCCCUGUCUGGGACAGGCCAAGUCAUGUUUAGCCAAGUCCUCUUGUUUCUGCACCGGGACCAAGAAAGCUGGUCUACUUUUCUGUCUCUGGAGACAGAAGAUGGCCAUAGAUUGGCCCUUACUCCACAUCACUUGGUCUUUUUAGCCCCCAGUUGCAGACUUGACAGCAGUGAGUACCAGGCUCAGUUUGCUAGCAAAGCCAAAACAGGAGACUGUGUUCUUAUCCAUACAGCAGAUAGUCAAGUACGUCCAUCUCAAAUCAUUUCAGUUUCAGUAGAGAAGAGUGUGGGAGCGUAUGCUCCCUUGACAGAAGCUGGAACUCUGUUUGUUGAUGGGGUGCUGGCAUCCAGCUAUGCACUAGUGGAGGACCACAGACUUGCACACUGGGCAUUUGGACCUGUGCGACUCCUCUCCUCAUUCAGCCAGCUACUUUGGGGGGAGACAACAAAAGAACCACAGACCACAGAGAGUGAAACAGCUUGCACUAAGACUCCAUGUCAUUGUAGCACUUUGACCACACAGGACAAAGCAGGUGUAUAUGUCAACAAUGGCAUUCUGAACAAACAAGACAAUCUGAGUGAACCUCUGAGGAUGGAAAAGAAAGAGAAGCACUCCUUACAAAGACAGACAUCAGAUGUCCACUGGUAUGCUAGAUUACUGUACAAUUUUGGAUGUAUCCUUUUAGACUCCAACUCAUUUUAUCCUUAAAAGCCUAAAACUGUAGGCUCAGUACUGUUCAAAAUCGCAACUUGGACACAUUUACGCUAACACUUCCUGUUCUUUUCUUCAAUAAAUUAAAAGCACUGGAAUGGCUUGCUUGCUUUUUUCACCAUUGUUUGCAUUAUAAUGUAUCAUAAUGAUAUGCUAAGUGAUAUUUUAUGAUAGACUGAGUUUGAUGAGACAAAUUGUUUGAGCAAGUUAAUGUAAAAAUAGUCAUGUCAAAAUGACUGCAUUCGUACAUCAUGUUAUUUCUUUUAAUUAUUUCAGUUAUAUAUGUAAAAAAAAAAAAUCUAUAUAUUCGAAGGGGAGAGGAAUGAAUGUUCCCACAUCAGAAUCUUUAUUUUUGUACUUUCUGAAUCAUAAUAUAUAAAUGUUUCAUUCUUUUAUAAUAAUUUUACUACAUGUAUUGUAUGUCCUCACUUGUCAUGUCAUAAAUCAAAUUAAAAUGUCAUUUUAUUAAACAACA